UUAUGCCGUAUAAUUUGUUGCUUUUAAAUUAUCAAAAUGAGAACACAAAUAAUCAUCAUGACUACCACUUAAAAAUUGAAUAUUAAUUAGAGAGAUAAAGAUACAUUGUGAAAAGGAAAACAUCAGUCUCAU